AUGAUAAGAAAAAGCAAAAUUGAAAGGAGUGAACUUGGGAACACAUCCAUUAUUGAAGAUGUCUACAAUGGAAAUGUAUACAAAACUCAUUUUGAUAGUAGUGGUUUUUUCCAUGGAACAACCAAGGAAGAGAGGAAUCUUCAAUUGCACCUUUCUUUUCAAAUUAACACUGAUGGAGUUGCUGUGUUCAAGUCAUCUAAAUUUGGUGUUUGGCCUGUGUAUGCAGUUAUCAAUGAAUUGCCACCUGAUGCAAGAUUCACAAGAGAAAACCGUAUCUUCUUAGGACUAUGGUUUGGAACUCAGAAACCAAAUAUGAAACUACUUUUUGGAUCCUUUUUGAAAGAAUUCAAUUUGCUUUUUACAGGCAUUCCCAUGAGUAUUAAAGAAGAACAGUUAACAGUUAAAGCCAUUCUUCUUAGCUGCACAGCUGAUGCACCAGCGAGAUGUUUAAUGAUGGAUUUUGUCCAGUUUAAUUGUAAUUAUGGGUGUCCUUGUUGUCUAUCUCCUGGAGAAACAUUUGCAAUAUCGGCAACAGGGAACUCGCAUAUAUACCCCUACAAGUCAGAAAGUAAUGAAGGCCAUGACAAGUUAAGGACAAUGGAGGAAACCAAAGCUACAGCGCAUCGAGUAGAAACGGAAUAUUUGAGUGGAAGAAGACGAGAUCCUGUGCCAGAAAUGGGAGUCAAAGGAAUAUCCUUUUUGAUGUCAUUUCCAAAGUUUGAUUUAAUCAAAGGUACUGGCAUAGAUUAUAUGCACUGUGUUUUGCUUGGUGUUGUUAAGAUGAUCCUAGGGCUUUGGAUUGAUCUAGAUCACAAAAAUGAGCAAUGGUCUCUUAGAAGCCAUAUUGAUGUACUUAAUGAUAGAAUCAAAAAACUAAGACCACAUUGUUUGAUUUCACGCCUACCAAAAAAAAUUGAUGAGUAUGGUGACUGGAAAGCAUCUGAAUUUAGAACAUUUCUUCUUUAUUACUCUGUACCCCUUUUGGAAGAUGUACUCCCUUCAAAAUAUUAUGAUCAUUUUUGUAAUUUAGUACUUGGCAUUUUCUUACUUUUAAAGACUUCAAUUUCACAGACUGAUCUGAAAUUAGCGAGAUGUUGUUUCAAAAGAUUUUGUAUUGGUAUAGAAGAACUUUAUACGGAGUGUUACGCUACAUUUAAUGUUCAUUGUCUUUUACACUUGUGUUCAAAAGUCGAAGAUUUGGGACCACUUUGGUCCCAGUCUUGUUUUUUUUUAUGAAGGAUUGAAUGGUGAUCUUAGAAAUCUUUUCCAUGGUACACAAAAAAUUGAUCUCCAAAUUGUAACUGCUGUAUGCAUUCAAAAUAAAAUUCCUGAACUUGUUGACAAAUUAGAAAUAGGUUCUGUGAAGUCUUUUUAUCAAAAGAUGCAGUCAUCUUUGCAACAGUCAUUUACUAGGAUAUGUAUUGGACUUAAAACUUUUGUGGUUGGCUCUAUAAAGGCCUUUUUGCCUGAGGAACAUGUUACACAAUUACUGGAAAAUAAGUUUGGAAAUGUUGCUGAAUAUCAUAUCCUCUACAGAGUUUUACACAAUAAGAUAAUGUAUUAUAGUGAGGAGUACAAGCCUGUAAAAAAAAGAAACUCCUAUACAUGUAAGAACAAGAGUGGUAUUUGUCAGAUUAGAUAUUUUUUACAGUGUGCAACUGAAAAUGGAUACACAUAUGUUGCUGUUACUAGAAUACUUAAUGUACAGAAAUCUUGUACAAAUGUUUGUCAAG